AUGUCACGAUCUCUUCGGACACGACCGCUGACGCUGUACGCGUCUCGAGAUUCUAGCCAGCCCAGCAUCCCACCAGUUGGAGGCGGCGGUGGGGACACGGAUGCGGCUUACGCCUCUACGCGGCAAGCGCAGCAUCACGGCGGAGCUGAUGCAUCUGCUUCGAAGAGCAAGCGCGGCAACCAUCAGGCAUCUGUCAAUGCGACGCACAAGAGUUCAGGAGGCGGCGGCGGAGGAGGAGGAGGAGGAGGAGUGGGCUCCAAUUUGAAGAAGAGGCUGUCCAUGAGGUAUGCGGAGCCCACUCAUCUGGGACCGGGAGGAUUCUCAGCCAUCCCUGCGGUGCCCGAGGUGCCGAGCAUGCCCAGCGUCCUUCCAGGCGCUCCAGAGCUGCCACCGGGCAUGGCCAUGAACUUUGCUGGAUUGUCCUACUCUAACAUCAACAAGCAGGAUGCCGACGACGACGAUGCCGCGCUCGAUGCCGCUUAUGGUGGCCUGUCCCAUGCGGGGGCAGGAGCAGGAGGUUACGCUUCUCAACGACCCCUGCCGAUCAUGGGCGACGGCUUCGACCAAGAGCAUACAGGCUACAAUGACGCCUAUGCCGGCGUUGUGGGUGCAAGCGCGGGUGCGAGUCAGGCUUCUAGUCGAUCGGCUGAAGAGAAUGGCUACGUCCGCUCCAAGAUAGGCAGACCGACCGGCGCCGGUGCGCAAGCAGAAGACGAGACUUUUCGCAACUAUCAGGACUUUAUCCGAGUCAGCAAGGAGAUUGGAAGCCUGGAAAAUGACAUGCUGGAGUUGAAGGAGCUGCUGAAAGAAUGGAAUCGAGUGCCACGCACACUCGAGCUCGAAGAGAUGCAAGGUGGCAUCACCGAUCCGGACCUGCGGCGAUACAGUCGCAGUGGGCGCAACAGCAUGCUCGAUCUGCAGCAAGUCUACCGCGCCCAGCUCAUGUCGCUGUGGGAGGGCAUCGAAGGCUCGCAAAAGUUCUUGCCGUACGUGCCAGGCCGGCACCUCAUUGCCGAAGCCUCCUCCUUCACGGAGCUGAAUGCCGCCACGUACAAGCCCAAACAAGGUGUCGCCCUGUUCCUUUUGGACGAUCUUCUGCUGGUAGCUGUGCGGAAAAAGAGGCAAAUGAGCGCGAGGGUGAGACUGGUCGCAGAGCGCUGUUUCAGCUUGGGAGAAAUCAUCGUGAUCGAUCUCAAAGACGGCGGCGAGCUUACCAAUGCGGUCAAGAUCAAGCGCGGCAAGGAGACUUUUGUGUACAGAACGGAGCGAGCAGAGGACAAGAGAGCUUUGUUGAACGCGUUUAGAAAAGUGGCAGAAGAGCUAGCAAACAAGCGCAGAAAGGAGAGCUUGGCCGAAGCGGAAGCGAGGAAGCGAGAGAGCACGCUGGUCGGUGGUGGUGCUGGAGGCGCCAUGUCGCGAACAACGGCCGGCGGUAAGAUUCACGCUAGCACUCUGUUGGGUCCGCAUGGAGCUUCGAGCGGCACGGGGGAGAAUGGUAGCGUCUUGGCAGCAGCUGCGGCUACUGCUGCCACGGAGAAGAAGGACCCUGGUAGAUGGAUCAAUGAUUUCAGCGACGAGCUUGCCGUUGCCAUUGCGCUCCGUGAAUGGGGCGACGCUGUCGCCAUGGUCGAGAAGGGGAAAGGAGCUUUAUCCACGUACGAUGUGGCUGAUCCUGCGCAUCAAAGUCUGUCAGCGAAAUUAGCGCACCACACAUCCCUCCUGGUCGCAGCAAUCACGCACGACCUCUCAUCGCCGUACCUCAAAAAGACUAGCGUGGUGCGCAACGCUUCGUACCUUUUGCGUCUGGACAAGGGCGAAAAGGCGCGCGAGAUCUUCUUGGCAGCUAGAUCCGAGCUAUUGAGAAGGAGGAGCCGGCAAAUCAAGUUUGAGGGUGAUGUCAGCCUGUACAUCUCUGAACUGGCGCUGGUGCACUUUACGCUGGUCAAGAACACGAGCGAGUGGUACAUGAGCGCGUUCAAGGACAAUCGAAUGGCCAGCGGCUUUGUGCGCUGGGCGUCAGCGCAGAUUGAAGCGUACGCCGAGAUUUUCAGAAGGCAAGUGUACGGCGUGGCGGAUCAAGAUCCCAAAGUUGUCAGCGAAGCCAUCGAAAUCACCAAGUCGAGCGCCAGUCAGCUCAAAGAGGUUGGGCUAAGCUUUGGAUUUUUGCUAGAGGAUCUGCUCAAGCCUGACGGGACCGAUCGGCCAAUACCUGCUCUCACCUUGACUCUCGCAGACGAGCCGUCCGAAGCAGCCACGCAUCGUCUAUCUGCACAGGAGAUUAGAAGGCAAAGUGCCAUGCUGCAUCGGUGACUGUGUUCACACAUGGGAAAAUAGCGCUCACUUUACGAUGGAUUGCGUGUUUGCG